GCAAGCCACUUGCAGGGAUUAGGGCUCUUCUUGCCUCAACCAAAGAGACGGAACCACAUUCGAACCUCCUUCGAGAAACCCUCUUGGAAGGUGCAACACACACACCCGGGGUAUGAAGGCAUUUUACAGGCACUGGCCGGGCUCUGAGAAACGGACUCCUCUUACCAAUCCACCAACCAACACAAAUACAACCACAUUUUGACUCUGUUCAUCCCUCCCAUCCAACACCCAACAGCAGAAAGGACGGAGCUUCUCAAAUAUGACAUCGCCAUCAAACACACCCCUUGGCCACGCAGCUAAUGGUGCCGGACCUGCACAGGUGCCGCCGGGGCCAGCCCAGGGAUUACUGAACCUGAAAGACCGGAUCCCUAAACUGGAACCUCGGCGGAGGAGGGCCGAGCCGACCAACCCGAUACCUGUCCCGGAGACACCGCCUGCCCCUCCCCGUCCGGACCCGGCAACUGUUGCCUUCACUGUUCCCAGGCGCAGAAUACUUUCACCCUCGGAUCACCAGCUGUUCCUAUCUUCACCAACCUACAAAUUAAUCCUCUCCUUCAUCUUUGGCCUCUCCGAGUCCGUCCUCGACAAGCCCAUCUCCUCCGUCAAAGAGAACGACCUCUCGCCCACAGUCAGGUCCAUCCUUUCGAUCUUAGAAGAGAUAGACUACCUUUGCCGGGACUCGCCGCCGGAUGACCAAGGCGGCUCCCGCUUCGGCAACAAAGUCUUCCGAGUCUUCCUCGACAAAGUCAAGCAGCGCUCUCCUACAUGGCAUACCACCUUGUUCAACCUCCCUGACUCCUCCUCCUCCUCCUCCUCCUCCUCCUCAUCAUCAUCAUCACCCUCCGCGACUGCAACAGCAUCCGAGGAGCUGUCGGCAUACCUAACCCACUCCUUCGGCAACCGCAGCCGCAUCGACUAUGGCUCGGGCCACGAGCUCAACUUCUUGAUGUGGCUGCUCUGCCUGUACCAGCUGUCGCUGCUCGAGCGGGGCGACUUCCCCGCGCUCGUGCUGCACGUCUUCACCCGCUACCUGGCCGUCAUGCGCCGCGUGCAGAGCACCUACUACCUGGAACCGGCGGGCUCGCACGGCGUGUGGGGGCUGGACGACUACCAGUUCUUGCCGUUUCUGUUCGGCGCCAGCCAGCUGGUCCACCACCCGUUCAUCACGCCCCGCGCAAUCCACCAGGAGCUGACCCUAGAAGAGUUCGGUGGCGAGUUCCUGUACCUGAGCCAGGUGGCGUUUGUGAACAGCACCAAGACGGUCAAGGGGUUGCGGUGGCACAGUCCGAUGCUGGACGAUAUCAGCAGCGCGAAGAACUGGGCUAAGAUUGAGGGGGGCAUGAGGCGCAUGUUUGUGUCGGAGGUAUUGGGGAAGCUACCGGUUAUGCAGCAUUUCUUGUUUGGGGGUCUGAUUCCCGCAGCUGAGGGGAUGAGUGACCCAGCGGAGAUGGGGCUGAAGAGUGAGGAAGAGGAGGAGGAAGAGGGCGGCGAGGUGCAGGUGUUUGAUGAUCAGGAGGGGGUGAGGCAUGUGCAUCAGCCGAGCGGAUGGGGGGAUUGUUGUGGGAUCAAGGUGCCGAGUAGUAUUGCAGCGGCCGAGGAAAUGAAGAAGAGGGGAGCCGGAGAGCAGUUGAGGAGGAUACCGUUCGACUGACUGGGCCUGAAAUGUCUUUAUGGUAUCAUUACUUCCCUAGUCGUUGUCUGAUUGAACAGCGGAUAAGCCGCGGCAUGAUGAAAUUAAUGGCCGUGUUUGGAUCGUCAAUCUAGCUAUAGUAUACCGCAGGGCGUGUGAAAAUGACGAUUGAGAACAUCCUGCGGAUACCUUAUAUCGCUAGAGAGGAAACCGUACUUAAUGAAUGUCCAUUUGGGACAGAUCGUAAGCAUCAUCGACCAUCUGCCGUACGGGAUGAUCAGACAAGCAUGGAUCUGAGAAGUGACUUGGUGUCCCACGGCCCUUUGACGGACGCCGCUAUAUUUGAUGGGCUAUGAUUCCCAUUGAAGCU